AUGGUAUAUACUGUUUUAGCAUCUGUUGUUGCUCUCAGUGGUCGACGUCAUCCGACAGCACCAAACCAGAGUAACCCGACAAGUCCAUUUCCGGGGAACCACAUGGACUCUCAGUUACCGGGCGACGCAACUCCGCCGAGCGAUCACCCUCCUUCGUCACCGGCUAACCCAAUCCAGCAAGAACAGCUCAGCAACCAAGUGAGGGUUCCUUGCUCCGCAAGUCACCAAACGAAGCCAGAAUAUCACACUAAGCCGAGCCCUCCGUCUCAGUCACCGCCGGGUCAGGACAACGCGAAUCAUCAAGUUACGGUGUGGACUGAUCACUCAGCUCCCACGGGUCAGAGCAGAACAUUGUAUGAACGAUUUUUUGGCAAUCAAUCGGUACAACAUGGCCAAGAUGAAUUCCACAUAAUGGAGCGUAUGAUGAUCUUAUGCGUCCCAAGCUAUUUCUUUGCUUCUGCGGUAGCCUACACAUCAAUAUGGUCCCAACUUCCAGACCUCAAUACCAGCAUCUACAUCCAAUGCUUCCUUAAUCCGUUGGCUUUCUCUCUCUUCCUCUUGGCCCACGCGGUGUUUCGCGGAACACACCCAACUCUUGCUGCCUUUCUAGAUCGUUUAUCGCUCCUUCUCAUCGUUACCUCAGCCUACUUAGCUUCGAUGCCCAUGUUUCCUCCCCACAUUGCUAUCAUUAUGUUCCUCGUGGUAAUUUCUGUAUACAUCUUUGCUCGUUGCAUGGGUUAA